AAGCAAUUUAAUAAUCUAAUUCUCUUACUUAUAUAAACUGUUUCCACUGUAUUAAAAAACUACAGUAACCAGUUUGCCCAGCGAAGUAAACUCAUCCGCAUUUUUCCUGGAUGAUGCGCGCAAAAAAAUAGGGCGUUGUGGAGACUCUCUCAUUCAUUCGCGGAGGACAGCCUCUGUUCUUAAAGACGCAGGGAGCGACCCACGUCCACAGGAGCGAAAGAGGGAAAAGGAAAAAAAAGGCGUUUUGACUUCAUUCCUGUCCAAAAGGGGAACAGUUCCGCUGCACGCAAAGAGAAGGCACAGGAUAUGGCCAAGCUUUUGCGUGCUGCUGUUUUGGGUCCACCGGGAUCUGGAAAAGGCACGAUCUGCAAGAGGAUUGCACAAAGCUUUGGCCUGCAGUACCUGUCCAGUGGCCACUUUCUACGCGAGGGGAUAGCAGCCAACACAGAGGCUGGCGUGCUGGCGAAGACCUACAUAGACAGAGGCAUGCUGGUGCCUGACCAAGUGAUGACCAGAUUGAUGCUGCCCAAACUGGAGCAGCUGCGGAACCACAGUUGGCUACUAGAUGGUUUCCCCCGUACCCUGACGCAGGCGCAGGCCCUCAACAGCCUCUAUCAGAUGGACCUGGUCAUCAGCCUCAACAUUCCCUAUGAGACUCUGAAGGAGAGGCUGAGUGACCGCUGGGUCCACCCUGCCAGCGGCAGAGUUUACAACAUGGGAUUCAACCCCUCUCGAGUUCAGGGUAAAGAUGACAUCACUGGGGAGCCGCUGAUUCAGCACGAUGACGAUAAACCAGAGGCUCUGAUGGCACGACUCCGACAUUACAAGGAAUUGGCAAAGCCCGUUAUAGAUCUGUACAAAUCACAAGGAGUCCUGCAUUCAUUUUCUGGAACAGAGACUGACAAGAUUUGGCCUUACAUCAACUCUCUCCUCAGCACCAAGAUGCACACACAGCCGUCAGGCGCCCAUCCAACCCAAGCGCCCUGAGAAGAGACCACAGAGAAGAAAGAGGAAGGAUUUUUUUUUUUUUUCUACUUGCUCAAAUGAGAUUCCAACAAAUGCACUAAGACACAAAUCGACAUGUUGUUUGAUUUUUAUGAAUGGUUGUGCACAAACAUUUCCAAGGUUUUCUACUUAAUAAUGGUAAAAUAAUCAUUUGCCAUGAUUUUCUAAUUAUCACUUUGAAAAAUGCAGUUCUCUAUGGGUUUUGAGAGAACUGUCUUUUCCUUUUCCUGUAGUUUGUGUGACUUUUCUUAUUUUCAGUCAUACCUGUGUACAGACUUAAAAGGCAGAGCAAAAAAAGUCAAUUUUUAAUGGCAGCUCAAAUAUUUUCUAUAAACCAAAAAUUGAGAGGUGUGAUAUACACAAAUUACAGCAAACCCUUAAACAAAAUGCUUUAUCAAGGCAGAUUUCCAAAUUGAAAAAAAACUGUUUCAUUUCAUGAUAGUUUUUAGUAACCGGGCUAAUCACAAUUAGCAAACUAAGCCAAUAACUGCAUAUUUUUAUUAAAACACUGUGGGGUUUUUGCUGCCAAAAAACCCUGCCAUUUUUGCUGGCAGUUUAAACAGAACUUUGUGGCUGAUUUAUUGAGAUACAGAAGUUGAUACCGCAGCUAUCACUGCCUUUCAUUUGUUUGGCAGCCAUAUUGGAUUUUGGGAUGAUGACUUGGUGAGGUUCCUCUGACUUUCCAAGUAGGACUUCCAUCUUCAGUGAACAUUCCAUAUGAUUGCUUCAAACUUUAAGCUGGAAAAAUUAUCUUUCCAUAUUUGUGUCCCAACAUGUGCCUGAUGGCAGUUUGUUAUGUAACGUAAGUCAUUGGUUACAAAUGUGCUGCCAUGUUUUUCAGCAAUUCUUUUGAUCUAAAUGAGCUCUGUGAUUAUGUAUGCACUCGUUUCAGAGGUAUUGGGAACUGGGUGAACCUCUUUGGGUUGUUGAUGGAUUAGUUUUUCUGGAGGUGUUAAAGCUAAUGCCUUGAAUGUUGUUCCAUUUCUUUAAAUAUACUCUAGUGUUGCCUUACAAUUUCUCUCUAUAAAGUGUAACAUUUUCCUGUUGGUGCAUAUAUGAAAAACGACUUUUUGUUAUGAUUCUGACACUGUUACAGUCACUUCGGGGGUUCUUUUCUAUGUACUAUAUCAAUUGUCAUUGCAAGAGUGUUGCAACUUUGCUGGCUUUGCUUUACAGCUACUUGCCAUAGAGAAUAGCUUUGGUUCCAUCAGUUAAAGUUUGCCGUGUGUAAUAAUUUGGUAAAGUAUUCACCAAUCUUAGCAGCUGACAAACAAAGAUAAGUUUGAAUUGUUUCUUCAGUUCUGUGACCCUAUGGUUCUGCUUUUUAACCAAAUUAUGAAGUUCCAGCUUGAAGCCUGUAAAUAGCAGCUUUAAAUCAGUGACAGGCUGUGACGGACACAAAACCUGUUUUUUUUGUUGUUGUUGUUUUCAUAUUUAGGCUCUAAGGACAGUGGAUUUUGGGUAUUUUACUGUACGUCGUCUCUCUAAAGAUAGACCAAAGGAAAAGAAACUGUAGGAUGAGAGCCGACAUGGAGCAGCUUACUUAAAGCAUAGCUUUCACGCUUUAAGUAAGCAUGCAAGCUGCAGGGUCUGAAAUGAAUGGUUGAGCAACUAAAGUGGUGAAAUUACAAUGCAACGCUACAUAGCUUUUGUGUAAGGCCACAGAGAUAUUUCUGCCUUGUUUUCACAUAACGUGGUUAAAAUGAAGUUACAUUCCAAGAACAAUAAAACUUUUGUCGAAAGCAUGA